AUGUUUUCUAGCGUCCUUGCCAUGAACUCGUUCAAGUCGCAUAUGGGCGAGUACGAUCCGUUUGAUGAGACCGCAAACAUGACCAAGAAGGGUUGGCUGACUGCCAUUCUCGAACUUGGCGCCUGGCUCGGUACCCUUCUGUCUGGCUUCAUGGCUGAGGUUUUGUCGCGUAAAUACGGAAUCAUCGUUGCCUGCUUCGUCUUUCUCCUUGGUGUCAUUAUCCAAGCUUGUGCUAUCCAAGUGGGACCCGAUGCCAUUCUCGCAGGCCGAUUCAUCACCGGUAUGGGCGUCGGUUCUUUGGCCAUGAUUGUCCCGAUUUACAACUCUGAGGUCGCCCCUCCCGAGGUUCGCGGUGCUCUCGUCGCCACCCAGCAGCUUGCCAUUACCUUCGGCAUCAUGAUCUCCUUCUGGAUUGGCUACGGAACCAACUUUAUCGGCGGUACCGAGCUCGGAAAGCAGAGCGACGCCGCCUGGCUAGUCCCCAUCUGCGUCCAAAUCGUCCCCUGCCUCGUUCUGCUCUUUGGCAUGGCUUUCAUGCCUUUCUCUCCCCGUUGGCUCGUCCACCACCACCGAGAAGAGGAAGCUCGCGCUAUUCUCGCUAGCCUCCGAGACUUGCCCGAGACCCACGAGCUCGUUGAGCUCGAGUUCCUCGAGAUCAAGGCGCAGUCUCUGUUUGAGAAGCGUACAGUUGCCGAAAACUUCCCUCAACUCAGGGAAGAGACCGCCUGGAACAUUUUCAAGCUCCAGUUCGUGGCUAUCAAGUCACUUUUCCAGAGCAAAGCCAUGUUCAAGCGUGUCAUCGUCGCCACCGUAACCAUGUUCUUCCAACAGUGGACUGGUAUCAACGCCGUUCUUUACUAUGCCCCCGUCAUUUUUGGGCAGCUUGGUCUUGACAGCACUGAGAUCUCCCUCCUUGCUACCGGCGUUGUCGGUGUAGUCAUGUUCCUCUUCACCAUCCCGGCUGUCUUGUGGAUUGACCGCGUUGGACGCAAGCCCGUCCUCGCCAUUGGAGCUAUCGGCAUGGCCUUCUGCCAUUUCGUUAUCGCCGUCAUUUUCGCCAAGAAUUCGGACCAAUGGGAGCAGCAGCGCGCGCUGGCUGGGCUGCCGUGGCUAUGGUUUGGCUCUUUGUUAUCCACUUCGGAUAUUCCUGGGGUCCCUGUGCUUGGAUUUUGGUCGCCGAGAUUUGGCCCUUGA